UGCCCCAUUUUAUCUGCGGCCCCUAUCUCGCGGCACCGCAGCCAUUUUUCUCCUUCCUCCUCUUCCCCGUCGAGGAACUCUCGCGGAUAGCCAGCAAGCGAGGCAGAGUGGCGAAGAAAGGGGGAGGAGGAUAUGACCUCCCUCCCCAAACCCUAACUAGAGAAUGUCUCUUCCCAACCCCAAUCCCCUCCUCCCCGGCCCUCCCAAGCUCACCCUCCCCCCCCGCUCUCUUCCUUCCCAGCUCUCCCUCCUCCGCUGCCGCGCCACCGCUGAGGCUUCCGACGCUGCCCCUUCGCCGGACUGGUUCCGACCACGGCGGCCACAGGAGCCCGAUGGGAGGGCCUCCCCCCGGGACCCCGGCAUCAGGGUCAAUGCCAAGGAGGAGAGCAAGAACGGCAACGGCAAGAAGAAGAAGUGGUGGUGGUGGUCCCGCGACCGGGAGAGCUAUUUGGUCGACGAUUCCGAUGCCCUUCCCCUCCCCAUGACCUAUCCCAACUCCUCCCCGGCCCCGCCUGAGGAGAUCGAUCGCCGCCUCCAGUGCGAUCCCAAUGUUGAGGAUUGCAAGGAAGUUGUGUAUGAGUGGACGGGCAAGUGUAGGAGUUGCCAGGGUACGGGGUUCGUUAGCUAUUAUAACAAAAGAGGGCGCGAGAUAAUCUGCAAGUGUGUUCCUUGUCUUGGAAUUGGAUAUGUUCAGAAAAUGACAGCCCGCAAGGACAUUGAUGUGAUGGAGGAUCUAGACAAUGGAAAACCCCCUUGAUAUGUUCAGAUGCUUUCACAUGCAGUUUUAAUCUGUUCCCUUGGAUGAGUAAAUUUUGAUCCAUGAUCUUUAUGGUUCUUCAUAAAUGAAUGGAAAAGUAUUUUUUUUUUUUAAUUUUGCUUUAGUCCUAUUGAUUCAGGCAGUUGAAAUUAUUCUGCUGCUGUUUUAGUUUUAAAUGCAAGCAUAUAUGAAAUUUUCUACAAUUUUACACGCUGAAAUGAUGAUCCAGAUGAUUACAAUAA